CAAGCUCGCUGCGUCAGAAUUGCGAUGUUCCAGGAAACCACCGGGCUCGCUAGUAUUGCACCCUGGCCGGUAUUCGAUUUUGACCUGACCAGUUUGAGUGACUAAUCUUCAAGUCUUUUGCCGCCUAGUCUCAACUACUCCCACAUGAUAACCAGAACUACAGAAAACAGCUACUGCGAUUCGUCAACACGCGGCUGCAAGAACGCGUCACCUUCCAACAUAAAAAGCUCAAGACAGAGUGGCCUAGCAUUUUAUCAACAAACACAGGAUCGGGAACAAGUAGGAGAGCUCCAAAACAUCAACGGACCGGCCGCCACUCACGCCACCGAUGGCCGGCGGGAGGAAGCGGGAGUGGGUACGGAAGAAGAUGGCGAUGGUGGCCGGGGGCCAGCAGUCGCCGCGGUGGACGCUGCGCAUUCGCGCGCUGUCCGCCGCGCUGCGCCGGCGGAGGCACCGGGCUGGCGGCCUCCCGCGCGUCGACGUCCUCCGGCUCCUGUACGAGAACGUUGUCUUCCACCUGCUGUGGGUGCUCGAGUCAAUCGUCGUCCUCGCCAAGCUCUGCUUCUUCUACCUGCGGUUCGGCUUCCGGUUGUGAGCCAAACCAAGAAAUGUAAAGGAUGUAUUUUUU